AGGCGCACCAUGGGGACAGCGCUGGGGCACUGGUGAAACUGGGGACCCGAACAGAGCAUAGAUGGGGCUCGCCAGGAACCUGGCCGGCUGCGGUGCCGCCCUCUCCCACGUGCUGCUGCUGCUGCUCCACAUUGAGGUGCUGGUGCAUUCAGGGCUGGGGGAACCAGAUCCCAAGAUUAACGGGCAGUCACUGUUGGUGAGCACCAUGCAGGAGGAUGAGAGCCGGGACUUCACCUGCCAGGUGGACAGCUGGCAGGCCGUGCCCAUGCUCACCUGGUACCUGAAUGGCAAGAAGCAGGAGACCAAUGGUUCCACAGUGUUGACCACCUUGGCGGAGGCCUUUGAGCAGAGCUCCAGCACUUUCACAGUGACGGCGCAGCGCGCAGACAGGGAACUGAACUGCUCACUGACAGACCCGGCCUCUGGCAAGACCUCCAACGCCUCGGUGCUCCUCAACGUGCAGUUUAAACCGGAGAUCAUGACGAUGAACGCCAAGUACCAGGAGGCCAAGGACCCGGGUCUCCUCAUGGUUCUCUUUGUCCUGGUGCGGGCCAACCCCCCAGCCAGCAUCACCUGGAUAGACCAGGAUGGGCACGUGAUGGUGAAUACGUCUGACUUCCUCAUCCUGGACACCAAGAGCUACCCCUGGCUGACCAACCAUACCGUGCAGGUGCAGCUCAGCAGCGUGGCCAAGAACUUCUCUUUCACCGCAGCCAACAAUGUGGGCAUCACCAACUCCUCCAUCCUGCCGCCGGGUCUCCUGGAUACCCGUGUGGAGCUGCCCCUCCUGGCCAUCAUCGUUGGAGGAGCCUUGGCACUGGGGACUCUCGUCUGCCUCAACACCCUCAUCAUCUGUGUCGUCUGGAGGAAGGGGAAGAAGGCGUCAGGGCUCUCUGGACCUACACCGCCGCCUCCGAGCGAUUCCAACAACCUGAAGCUGAACAGCGUGCGACUGCCACGAGAGAACAUGUCCCUCCCAUCCAACCUGCAGCUCAAUGACCUCACACAGGAGGCCAAAGCCAGCCGUGGAGACGCAGGAAUCCAGACUGAGCGGAAGGACGAUGCCCUAUCAGAGCCAGAGAACAGCCUGGGCCUUGGUAAUAGAGGUUUCGGCCGGUUCCCGAUGGUUGGGAACAUUUACAAAGUGUCCAGCAUGAGCAGUGAUGAGAUCUGGCUGUGAAUGUGUAGGCAGGACACUCCUGUGGGGGUCCAGGGUCUCCCUCAGUCUCCUGGGAUGAGUCCACUGAUCCAUCAGCACUGCAGACCCAUCCAGGAGCUGCUGUUCUCCCCAGGAUCCCAGACUACAGCAGCCAGCUCAGAACAAGCUCUCCGUGUAACCACCACCAGAACUCCAGGUGAGAAAGUUCCUGUGACGGCAGGUCUUCCACGCCAUCCUACCCCAAGGAUCUCUGGGCUCUUCUGCUCUUGCACUUGAGUAGGUUAGCUAGUCUCACCUAAAACAGCAUGGAGUCUGAUUUUUAAGAACUCUCCAGUGUGCUGUAGGGCAGGUGGAGCACCAAGAGUGGGAAUGGCCUGUUCGCCUGUCCAGGAGCAAGAGAAAUUCAUACAUGUAACAGCCAUGGUCAUUUCAUGUCCACUCAGUCAUGGGAGCACCCAGCUAUGUCCAUCUCUGAAUGGAUCAGGGCUGCGUUCUGGAGCUCCUGCGAGGAGUCUGAAACUGCUGGGAGUGGAAGAGGGUGAGGUAAUGUCAGCAUCUUAGGGAAGCAUGUGAGGAGGGGGGAUUGGCAGGAAGCCUGGCUUGCCCAAACUCCAAUCUCAAUCAGUCAGACAUUCCCUCUCAGGCCUGGCCAAGUACAUAAGCCCAGUGGCUCCUGAUGUGCUGCUUGGGGUGGUAGGAAACCCAGAAGAUCAGGCUCUAGGUGUUCCAAGCUAGGCUUCAAAAAUUAGGGACCACUUUGGAAAACAUGGCCUGUCCUGUGUGUGUUGAGGAUCAUAUCAUACAGUGGGAGAUGGAACAGACUUGUUUCCCCAUGGGGCUGGGAGGGGAGAAGCACUCCAGGAGCCGUAUAGUGCUGAAACCCAAAACAGCAAGCACUGAGGCCAUUAUUAGUGAGCUGCUCUAGUUCUGUGUACUCACCCUGCUAGGGAAAAGUAAACCUCACCAGUUUGGGAUGAGGGAACACCAAAAGAGUGCGAGUACCCCCUGGUGCUUCUCAGCCUCCAGUUAACUCCAGCCCUACCUUGGGAGAGCAGUGCUGGGCUGCUUCUGGUUAUCCCAUAAUCAACCUCUUUGUGAGAAAGAAUAUGGGGUAGUUUCUGCUUGGAGCCCACAGCUGUCUCCUGGAGAAGAACUAGAGUAAUAAAGGGAAGUUCAUAAUCUUUGAAAAGAACAUUUAGGAGAGAUGUAUCCCUGCUCUGUCCUCAGUUACACUCAUGCAAUUCCCCUGCGGACAAGGGAUAGGUAUGGGUGUGCCUGAGGGUAGUUAUCACUCUAAUUCUUCACCCCUCUGAACCUAGACACUGCAGCGCACACAGGACAUUUCUAUGUGAAAAACCACUGCAGACCCUAACCAUCCAUUGCAAUAACUGCUGUGCAAUUCCUCCAGGCCAGAGUUGCUGCAGCACCUGGGCAUUAGGACGGCUUUGAGGUUUUUUAGCCUUUGCUUAGUUAGUGUCUUGCUUAUGAUCUGUGUGUCUUGCUAGGGCAACUAUCUCUCUCCAUCAAUGUGCAUCUGGAAAGAGCAAUUCUUUCCUGGGAGACUCCCAUUUGUGAUCCUUCUCUCAUGCCAAGAUGACCGAAUAAGCACAAAUAGAGGUGCUGGUAGAAAUAAAUACAUCUAGCCAUGCAGGCUGUCCAGCCUCUGAGUAAUAUAUUAAGCUAUGCAUCAAAUUAUCUAGCAGGUGUUAGCUCAGUUAGUUGUUUUAAGAUGCUGCAUUGUUAGCUGAGGCAUGUUUUUAUGUAACUUAGGCACUUAAGAAUAAAAUGCUAUAAUCAAAGUGUAAUGCAGAGCUCUUUCUACAUUGAGUUGAAUGCUGCUAUGUCUCUGGCAGGAGUUGAUGGGAUGGAGGGACUUACUUACCGUGUUGUAGCUGCUUUAAUGAGGGAGCCUUAGGUGGUCCUCACCCCAAGGAUCUCUUUCAGAGCACUGACUCAACAGUGUCUGGAAAUUUCUUCCAACAGCAAUAAACCAAAUAAUUGUCUGUA